AAUCGAAUCCGGUCUACCGAUGUACGUUACUGACACAGUACACAGUUUCGUUAACAUAUAAAUGAUAAUAAAAACUAAGAAGUUGAAGAUACCCCUCGACUAUAUAAAGGAAAAUGGCCGAUGUAGUAAGUUUCACAACAUGGCCUAAGCAUCAGAAUCCAUUCUACAUGCUGCAAACAAAUUUUGUAAAUUUCGAAGUAAAAGCUCCACGAAAUGCUCUUCUAAAACUUGGGAGAAAACCUAAUAUUCGUAGUGAUAUUUUGAUUGGUAUCGGCGACGGUGGAAACAGUUGCUGGAUAAUGAAAGAUGAAAAUAACGUAAGCUCAGCAUUUGUAGAUAAUGUAAUAACAUCUAUGCAAUAUCGAAGAUUCUGGGUUACCUGGACUGGGGGACUUAUAAAACUAGGUUGUGAUGGAGAAACAACACCUAUAGUAACAUUAACAAAUGAGUACCCAGAUCUCAGUUAUGUUGCAUUUGGUGUGCUGAGAGAAAUCAAUCCUGUAGAAUGGAAAUUAGAAUUACCACCUGUGAUAACAACACCAGAAUGUAAACUUAUUUCUGGAGGGAAACUUAAAUGGGUACGUGCAGAGGAUCAGCUACCCGUAGGUGCCUUGAUCGGCGGUUUUGAAAAUGAAACGCUAUACAUUAUUAGAGCAGCACAUAUGCAUUCAUUGACCCCAGGGAAAUUUGUGUCAUCACAAGGUACAGCUUAUAUACCUUGGGGUGGUAAUGAACAUCCAAAAAGUGAAUUUGAGGUAUUAUGUGGGUAUGAUUGUACCUGGAUACAAUCUUGUGAAGACAGAGUACCAGUGGGAGCUUUCGUUGGCGGUUUUUCAGAAGUGUUAUGUGGAUAUAAUUGUACAUGGGUACAAACUUGUGGAGACAGAGUACCAGUGGGAGCUUUCGCUGGUGGUUUCUCAGAAGUACAUCAUGAAACUUUAUAUAUAGGGAGGGUUGAACACAAUGGACAUUUGAUCCCCGGUAAGGUUGCGCCUUCACACAAAGUGUGUUACAUAUCGUUUGUUGGCAAAGAAAUUGCAAAAAAUAGCUUCGAAAUUUUGAUCGACUCAAAUGUAACUGUGGACCCCACGACCUAAAUUUCAGUUCAGAUUCAAUAAUCGGUCAAUCAUCUUCAUUUUUUUUUUUGUUUUAUUUUUAUCUUAUUAUAUUAAUUGUCUAUAAUACCAGAUUAUACAGCUAUAGAGAGAUAGCAGUGUUGAAAGUUUCCGUCCUCUAAGGUUGAAAGGCUGCACAGGCGCUACACUUAGCGCCCAGUUAUAAGACGCGAAAGUUUUUGCGCGGCGACCGCCCAGUUACCACGCUUUCACGUACAUUAAUGGCGAAUCUGAAUUCUAUUUACUAGUCGACAACAUUUAAAUUCCUCAGAAUAAUACAACUGCACGGUGGCCGCGCGGCCGCUGCGUAGACCAAAGCAAUUUCGCACGCGCGUUCAUUUAAAUUCAAACAUAAAUGCUAAAUAAAUAGAGCGUAUUUUGCCAUGAGCGUAUUAGGUAGAUGCAUGCGGUCCGUACGCGGCUGCCACGCGGUCUCCGCGCGUCGUGAGCGCGAUGAAAUUCGUGUCGAAUAAACGCGCCCUAAUAAUGUUAAUUCACGUGGACAGUGCCUCAGAGUCAGAACAAAACAAUAAUGAUAGUUAUAUAAUUGAACACACUUUUGAAACUUUCGGUCAGAUCGGAGACUACAACUGCAUUUAUUACACGUUGACGAUCAAUGGCGUUGACAAUAAUAUUUAGGUAAUUUUAAUUUUUGAUUCAGUCCUUGUUAUCGUGGACUAUAUAGUAACUAUAAGGAAAUUGUUAACUGAAACUUAUUUUUAAAUUAAAUUUUAAGCGUACAAAUCUUAAAAUUGUCUCUAAGUUUAUCCUUUUU